UGAUGUGACAGAAGUGACAGUCGGAUAUGGUGUGGAGUAAUUUAAAUGCUACACCCGUUUUAGUACUCAGAUUUGGGGAGGAAGUUUGCGUUGUUAAAAUGAACUCGUGUUCAGGAUUAUAAACAGGAGACGAGAGCUACAUGCUAACACCGCGGUGCUGUAGUGAGCGUUUAAUCCGAGCAGAACGGAGAAAUGUUUGAGAAUUUCAAAGAGAGACUGCAGAGCGUGCAGCAGGACUUCACAUCAGGAAUAAAGACCUUGAGUGACAAGUCCAAGGAGGCCAAAGUGAAGAAGAAACAGAGGAGAGACGAGUUUCUUCCUCAAUAUUCUGCUGGACUGGAGCUGUUGAAUCAAUAUGAGGAAACCUGGGUGUCGCUGCACAAACGUACCAAAGAAUCCGCCAAAGCUGCAGAAGUGGUGGAUGGAGAAGUGGUGAUGCUCUCGGCUCACUGGGAGAGAAGAAGAGGAGCGCUGCUCGAGCUGCAGGAACAGUUACAGCAGAUUCCAAACUUCCUCAAAGAAUUGGAGUCCAUCACUGCUCGAGUCGCUCAACUGGAGGAGAACUUUCAGGAGACGGAGAGUCAUCUGAUGCACUUGGAGGAUCUGUGUGGUCAGUGUGAGCUGCAGCGCUUCAAACACCUUCAGAUCGUACAGCUGGAGAACUACAAAAAGAAGAAGAGGAAAGAACUGGAGUCUUUUAAAGCUGAGUUGGAUGCUGAACACGCCCAGAAGGUCUUGGAGAUGGAACAUGCACAGCAAGCGAAGCUAAAGGAGAGACAAAAGUAUUUUGAAGAGGCGUUUCAACAAGACAUGGAGCAAUAUCUGUCCACUGGCUACUUGCAGAUCACCGACAGGAGAGCAUAUCCAAUAGGCAGCAUGUCCUCUAUGGAGGUGAACAUAGACAUGUUGGAGCAGAUGGAUCUUACAGACGUGUCUGACCAUGAAGCUCUGGAUGUUUUUCUCAAUUCUGGUGCUGAUGAGAGCAGUCCUGUGUCUGCAGUCAGAGCUCCAGAUGCCGAAAUCAGCCUGAAGGUUCCGAGCCACACAGAACUGAGGCAGAAUGUCUCGUCCAUCUCCUCCUCCUGCACGGACUCAUUCAGCGGCGUCACAGAGGGACCGGAUGAGGAGGAUGAAGAAGCCAGCGAUGAGAGCAGUGACCCCGGGCACUCGCCCCUGGUUCAGUGCGACGAGGAGGAGGUGCAGGCUGACACGACUCUCAUGGGCCUCCAAGAUGCUGAGGAGGGACCUAAAAACUCAGAUGAUAGUGACACAGGCAGCUCGGUGCCUUCUGAGGAAAGGAAAAAGAAGUAAAGAUCUGCACAGACUGCUAAACCAGAGACAUCACCUCCUGGACCCGAGUGCUUUGAACUCUGAGCCCCAGGUGGAGUUUUGAGGUGGAAAAUUGUAACUGCUCCAGCUAAAGUUUUUCAGGGGAAAAAGACUGGAUAUGAAAGAUGGAUUUAAUAUAGUAUAUACAAUAUAGUUGUAUGUGCAUCUGGACGGCAGUAUGGAUAGGCCGCUUAUACAUAAAGCCAAACUUUUCUGCUCAUUGCGGUUAAAUAUUAUUUAACCCACUAUGUGUUUUAUUCAUACAGUAUCCCCUAAGAAUUAAGCUCUCCCAUGUACCAAGUUUGUUCUCUUCCGUGGCCCGCACUAACAAUAGGCUUAUAAUAAUAAUAAUAAUAAUAAUAAUAACACGCUUACUGAAAUACAUUUUACAGUCAGAACAGAACACAGUGAACAUUCGAUCAUUACACUCAAAUACUCUUUUUGAACACUUCUGAGGCGGCUUUAGACUAGAUUUUGGUUUGUGGUUGUGGGGUUUUUACUCACUCAGCCACACAAGCAUGAUCCAUGUGUUCAGUGGGCUUGAGGUGCACAGAGAGUAUACUGUAGGAGCAUAUUUACAGGAAGAUAAUCAAUAUAACCGGUAUUGACCUUUGUGGCCUGUAAUGGACUGUGUCCAGAAACAUUUGGACAUGUUUAUAUACUGCCAAAAAAGCCGUACACUAUAAUAUGUUCUUUGACCGCCUUUAGCGUUGAUUAUGGUCCACAAUAUGGUGGUUAAUUUAUAAGUAAGACUGAUUCCUCAUGCUCCCAGGGCCACUCUUUUAUUAAUUUGAGACCUGGAACAUGUACAUGUUAUCGGGAAAGAAAACCGUCAUUGUCAUUCAGGACAUUCAGUGUCAACUUCAUUUUAUUGCCACAUAAUUUUUCCAAGCCUCGACCUAGACUGAAAAAAAGGUUCCAGAUCAUGACACUGCCUUUAGCAGCUUGUACAGAGGCAACUAUGCAUAAUGGGAGCAUCGCUUCACGCGCUUCCCUUCUUACUUUGACUCGCCAUCCACAUGACCAAGGUCCAACCUUGAUGCCCCCUAGCGAAUUUAAGCUUAUAUUUCCUAAUUAGAUUUACUAACAAAUGUUUUUUUUUUUUACGCACGCACAGCUGUUUAGUCCCAAUCAUGUGAAAUUUAGUUAUUGUGUGUGAGUGUGUAAAUUCUCUAACUUUUAUCAUUAAACAUCUUUUUGAAGAAACAAUUUUUAAUAUGCAACUUCACCAAAAGUUUUUUUCCCCCAACUUCAUCUCUUCCUUGCCGGGUGUUAAGGUUCAGUACGAUCCUUUCAGGUUUUAAUAAAGUAUUGGACGGCUCUUAACACAA